UAUAUUCGGAGGAUCAACGGAAAGACAGUAACGGAUGUUGAGAGCGCCGAGAUCCACAAAAAUCGUUGGCCGGAUUUGGGAUCUAGUUUCAUAGGCGGUAGUGUUUCACCUGUGGGACAUCAUGCUGCGAAAUCAACCUCCACUCUGAAUCAGUCAUCGAAAAAGGUCACUUCACCUGGUUCUGAUGUGACCUCGUUGUUUAUCGGUGGAGAUGCAUUUGAUAAGAGCCAACCUUCAGCGAGGAGGGUUGAUGGGCUUGCAAAGGUGAUCACCGUUGAUCUUCAUUCGGACUCUUCAGAUGUAUAUGAUCCAUCAAAUAAGUUCAGAACGUCUAACUCGCAUUCUUAA